AUGUCAGCAGUGAAUGGCGAAGAUAUCAGUGAGAAGGAGCAGCCAACUGCAAGUCGCUCGGCAACAGAAUGCUCUCAGUUGCUUGAUAAUCACGAAGAGUCAACGUUCUGCUCAAACGGAUCACUUUUAUCCAGCGAUCAUAGCGCCACAUUAGCGUCCACUCCAACCAUAACAAUAAAAACAAAUUCCCAAGUUCAUCCCACGUCGAGUUCAACUCAAGUGAUUCUGGUGACAGUGCCCGAUGUUGUCAUUAAAGAUCCUUGUCAUCCGUCCAAUGAUGGAAUGUAUCCGAAUUGUGGUAUGGGUUGUAGUAUAAAUGGUAGAUAUCCACUUCGAACUAGUGAAUCUGCAGCUCAUUCCGGUCCAUCGAUCGCACAUCCCGAGGAUAUAACUUCGCCAGUUGUUGACAGUAUCCAGCAAUCGUUUAUCAGCCAGCAUUCAAGUGAUGACGAUUAUGAGAAUGAGAACGAAAAUGGUGGUAUCGUUUUGUUGAGCAAUCUACCGGAUUUAGUUUUGUUGAAAAUCAUCGAAUACAUUCAUCCGAUUGAACGAGUGCACCAUUUGUCGGUGCUGUCGAGACGAUGGAAUAAACUAGUCAAAUCCAAUAAACUCUGGUCUGAAGUUCGUAUUUUCAUUGCUGAUCCACCAUAUUAUAAAUACUCUGUUGCUGAAUUUCUUCGUCAGAAAGGAUCGUGCAUUCAAAAACUGUGUAUAAAUAUUGCGUGUUCGAAAAUAUUCACCGAACGACAGUUCAUCGAUUUAUUUCCGAGUUGUAUGCCAACUGUAAAAUGUCUUGACAUCGGCUUCUUCCCAAAUUUUACAAUUGAUAUAUUGCGUUUCUUCAUGCGAUGCUUUCCGAAUGUGGAAUAUUUGAAUUUGGAAGGGAUGAGAAAGGUUGAUCCGAAUCUCUACGACGUUCUUUUCACUGAUGCGUUCAAAAAUUUACGACAUUUGAUAUUGUCGCAUUGUGAGGCAAUCUCAAUCAAACAGUUCGAACUAUUUUGUCGUACAAAACGUCCUCUUGAAGUGCUGAGCAUCGAUGGCAUUGUCUCGCUUCGUAAUUGUGCAGCCACAUUUAUUGCUUCGUCACCGUUUGUCGCUUCAUUAACGCGUCUUUAUUUGGAUGGUGAAGAUUUGGGAGAUUUCGGUUUUCGAGCAUUAACAAGUUGUUGUAAUCUCGAACUUCUUUCGGUAUCAUUCUGCGAGAGUGCUACCGACUUAUCACUCGGAUACAUUAAGACGUUGUCAAAGAUCGAACAUUUACAUUUGCGGAAAGGAAAGGAGUUCACUUUUGAGGGGUUUCGAAACUUUUUCGCAUUGAAUCCUUCGACAAAGACGCACUGGAAGGACAACAACUGCGAAUUUCCAUCGCGAUUGAAAUUUUUGAAUUUAGGUGAAUGUACAGCAGUUAACGACGUCAUUGUGGAUUUGAUCACGAAAAAUUGCCCGCAAAUUCGAUCACUGUGUCUGGUGUGGUGUUGGUCGAUCACCGAGAUUGGUCUGCAGAAAAUUGUGCAACGUUUAGAUGAUCUACAGCUGUUAGAUAUCGCUGGUCUUGAUUGCGUUGAUGGUUCAGCGUUCAUCGAUGUACCUGAUCUCUAUCUGAGCAAUCUUCGGUAUCUGGGUGCUGAGCAAUGCCCUCGAAUCGAGGAUUCAAUGUUGCAAAUAUUGAAUUUGAGAAAGAAGGAUCUGAUAAUAACGAAUUAUCAUGAUUAUUUUAUAACGUUUACGAUACGGAACGGUGAUGCGACAUUCAACGAGCGCAUUGAUCAUCAAUACAUGUCGGCUGUAACUGAAGAACUCUGCCAAAUUGAGGGGUUUUGUUGCAUGUCCAAACUGAGUUAG